AUGCAUACCCCCAAGGUUAUACUAUCCUUAUGCCUCGCCAUUGGUAUGGCUGCGGCCUUACCUGCCGUGGAAUCUACCAACGAGAUAGACGGUGACUUGUACAACUACAAACGAGGUACUAGUGAGCUCGACGGGGACCUUUACAACUACAGGCGUGACAAAGCAGGGCUUGAUGGCGAUCUUUACAACUACAAACGGGGCGGGUAUAAGCGGGACAACGCUGAACUCGAUGGGGAUCUCUACAACUACAAACGCAGCAAGGCUGAACUUGAUGGAGACUUGUAUAAUUACAAGCGUGGCACUGCUGAGCUUGAUGGUGACCUCUACAAUUACUGA